UCUCUCAUUUACUACCAUUCAUUCACAUUCAUUUCAAUUGUUCCGUGUUCUUCCCUUCUUCCACCCUUCACGAUGAAGUUUUCCACCGCUCUUAUCGGCCUAGUAGCUGCCACCAACAUUCUUGCGGCCCCUGUCGCUGAGCCUGCUGAAGUCAUGGUCAUUGACAGGCGUCAGUGGGGUGGUCAGCCUGGAGGAGGCCAGCAAGGUGGAGGUCAACAGGGAGGAGGCCAGCAAGGCGGAGGUCAGCAAGGCGGAGGCCAACAAGGCGGAGGUCAACAAGGAGGAGGCCAACAAGGAGGAGGUCAACAAGGAGGAGGCCAGCAAGGCGGUGGCCAGCAAGGCGGUGGCCAGCAAGGAGGAGGCCAGCAAGGCGGAGGCCAGCAGGGAGGAGGCCAACAAAAUGGUCAGCCUGGUGGAGGUCAACAGAAUGGCCAGCCCACGACUGGACAGCCCACGACCGGGCAGCCUGCUACUGGUCAACCAUCAGGGCAACCGACCACAGGACAACCGGCCACUGGCCAGCCUUCUGGCCAACCCACGACUGGUGCACCCACAACCGGCGCCCCAGCAACUGGCGGCGGCGGUAACUCAACAAGCGGCGGAGGCGGCAGCCUCGACUACAAGCAAAACUACAACGGUGAAGCCGGCGCUUUUGAAGGCGACCUCAGCACCGGCAAGUUCUCCACCAAAUGGAACGGCAACACCGACGUAGUCGUCGGACUUGGCUGGAAGACCGGGUCCGCCAGAACAAUCAACUUCGAGGGUGAAUACUCUGCUCAAGGCUCUGGCUCGUACCUUGCUGUCUACGGUUGGAUCAACUCUCCACAAGCCGAGUUCUACAUCGUGGAGUCCUUCGGCUCUUUCGAUCCCUGCAGUGGCGAUCAGGCCAAGAAGAUUGGUACUUUGGAUGCGGAUGGUGGGUCGUAUACUAUGUGCACUAGCGAGCGUGUGAACCAGCCUUCGAUCACCGGCACGAGCACGUUCACACAGUACUGGUCUGUUCGCUCUGAUCAGCGGACUUCGGGUUCGGUGGACACUGGCGCACAUUUUGAGGCGUGGGCUAAGUCUGGGUUUGGAAAUACUGAUUUCAACUACAUGGUUAUGGCCGUCGAGGCGUUCUCUGGAAGCGGUUCGGCGAGCAUCACCGUCUCUUAA